AUGGUCGCAGACAAUGUGUACGAAAAGGCCCUGCCGGUGCUGCAGGACGAGGCUCUGGAUGAGGAGGACAAGACGGAUAGGCUCGAGGAGCUCCUGAAAAAGGAGACCAAUCUUACGGGAAAGUCGCUCGAAAAUAUCGUCUUGGACUGUCUCUGGCGCUAUCGCGAUGCCGGCAGCUCGUCCAGUUCGCCUCCCAGCCGCCAUACCAUCAUCCGCCGACCCUCGCCAGCUCCCUGGCAGGCCAAUCGCGCCCCUACACCCGUCAACAACUCCCCCCGUAUGGUGCAUCCUCCUCCGAGCUUUGGGAUAGGCCCUCCCGGCUUUGCGCGCACAAAGUCGUCGACGGCAUCACCCUUCACUUCUCCGCGCCCCUCUCCGCGCCUUGCUUUUUCCACACCGCAUAUUCCGCACAGCCCCAGCCUGAGCGCAUACCAGUUCAGUGAAUCCGCCAGUCAGAAUACAGAGUUGUAUGGUGAUCUAGAUGGGCAUUCGGUAGACUGGCUGGUGAACGAUGACGCUGCAUCUACCGAGUCGUCUCUCAUGGGUGAUGGCACCCUCAAUGGCGCCGCCGCUGAAUGGGUGCAGCCGCAGACAGUGGACAUGGGCCCGUACGAUAUGCUACGCUCCAUACUCCGAGACGACCGCUCAGAUGAAGAGCUUGAAAGGGUCCUUGAAGCUAACGGCUAUGAGCUCAGUGCGGCAUUGCUCGCUUUGAUGGGACAACAGCUGGAUGUCCAACAGCUCCCCACUGCCCCCUCUGAGCACUCUGGAUAUGUCAUCGGAAAGUCUAUGAGCCCAGCGUUUAGGCCUGCUACGCCAGCCGGUCAGCAGAAGAGCAAUAUCGUGUGCAAGUACUUUCUUUCAACUGGCCAUUGCGCCAGGGCAGACUGCCGCUUCAGUCAUGACACAAGCAAGACCUUGUGCAAAUACUACCUAAAUGGAAACUGCCUAGCUGGUGAUACAUGUCUCUUCUCACAUGACCCCUCGGCCCUAAUGGCCCGCAUGGCCGUGUCAGACGUCGCAACCCCGCCCAUACCAAACUUUCAAAUGUCCGACUAUGAGUUUCCUAGCCUCCAAUAUAACGGCUCACCUCUUGGUACCCCAUCCAUAUCAACCUCAGAGGCAACCACUCUGGAACAGUUAUAUGGCUUGACAGGUGGUGGGCCUACACGUCCUCCGCCUGGUCUGAGUCCUUAUGCCAACUUCACUCCUGGAGGUGGAAGCCGCCCGCAGUCCAGGACUGGCAGUCGCCAGGUGUCCCGUACUACAACGCCGUCGGUGCUUGCAGUGGAUGAUAACGAUGCAUUCCCUAGUCUAGGAUCCGCCGCUGCCGCUAAAACUGGAAAGCGUCACCAUGGAAAGCGAGGCGGCCAUGGUCAUCACAAGGAUGCCCCGGGACCCAACAAUCUCGCAGAUGUCGUUCGCAUGUCGCCUUCGCCAGCUCCCGUCACUCCAGUUCGCAAGGGAUUGAGACCGACUAAGAGCUUCAAUGGUUCUCGUGAAAACAGCGUGGCUGCACAGGCGAUCCCUGCUCCUCAGCAUAUCCCGUGGCUACAGACGGGUGAUGUGGGCAAUCAGGCAUAUCUCAAAGCUCGCGCCGAAGCAUUCAAACACGGCAGUCUGCGCAACAAGUUCCUGCAGAGUGCUGCUCAGGCCUGGAAUCGCAGCGACUCGCGCGCGGCUAAAGCUCUUAGUCUUAGGGGGCAGAGCGAGAACAACCUGAUGCGUGAAGCUCACCGUGAAGCUGCCCGUAUUCUCUACGAAGAUCGCAAUCAGGACAGUGACAGCUCGAGGGAGUUGUAUGUUGAUCUUCACGGUUUGCAUCCUGAUGAAUCUGUAUCAUACCUCGAAGGCAUACUUCUGAAGCACAGCUCGUCAUCUCGUCCAGUUUACGCCAUAACUGGGACUGGGCACCAUUCUAAGAACGGCAAGGACAAGGUUGGUAAAGCUAUCCGGGGAUUCCUCAACGAGUGGCGAUAUGCUUUCAGGGAAUUCUCUGUUCCUGGUGACCGCAACAAUGUUGGUGGCAUACUCGGCAUCGACCCCAGUAGCUAUGACAAGAGUGUUGUAGAUCAGCCAAAGGAGCCUGAGCCAGAAGAUGACAAGAGCGAUACUAAGAUUCGCAUCAUGAAGAGAGAUGAUGUAAUAGAUGCACCGAAAGGGCCGAAGCGGGCUGCUUGAUCUAAUUGAGUGGUGUAUGAUGGCACCUAGUAGGUAGCACAAAUAAGAAAGACUUUACUUCACUUC